UACUCUGUCUCUCUCUCUAUAUUUGAGUUGUAGAUAGAUAAAGGGCUCAUCGGCUCAAACCUAAACGCUGCAAAGAAGUGGCUGGAGUCGCUGAACAGUAAAGUUGCUCGCAGUGAAGCGCACGCGACACUCUCUGGCUCCCUCCCUCCCUCCCUCUUUCCAACCGCGCACCUCCGCUUCUCUCCUUGAAGUAAAGCGAAGAUAAGAAAUAAGCAGGCCGUGUUCUUCGCCGUCUUUCACCGCUCUCUCCAUUGCCCCAGAAACUGAUCACACAAUCUCGCUGCAAAGCUUCUCCUAGAAGUCCAUCGCUGCCUCACCAUAUUCCCUGCCAUGUGCCAACACCGUGUCAGUGACUUUGGGCCACAUGAGCAUGCCAGAAUUGAGGAGAUAACAUAGUUGAUACUUGAAAACAAAAGCGCUAUGGAUGAAAGUCUAAAAAAGCGCAGGUCUUUUUGGGAUUCCGAGGAAAAUUCUUCUCAUCAUGAGGUCGAUGUAAAAAAUGCUUGGGUUGGGAAGGGUCAGUAUCCCAGUCAUGAUGGAAGACGUUUCAAGGAGCAGAAUUCUUCAAAAGCAGAUAGUUCAUCCAAUAGGUAUUCUAGCUGGAAUGACUCACCGCAAAAUAGUCAACUGCAACCAAAUAAGAGGAUCAGCAAGGAUGCUGAGCGUCUUUCAGAAACUGAGGAGCACAAGAGGGGAAAGUUUUAUCGAGAAUACUCGUCUCCAACUUUUGAUGGACCAAGGCAGCAAAGGAGUAGCAAGUUUUCUGAACAUGGUUUGAAACAGUCUCGCAGGAUUCCAGGAAGAGGCAGGAGCAGAAGCCGCAGCUGGAGUAGGGAGAAAGGAUGGAGGAGUAGAAGUAGAAGCAGGAGUAGGGACAAGGGACAUUUCAGAGGCAGGCCAAGAAGUCAUGGUUCUCCCCCAAAUCAGAAAUGUGAUUCAUAUGAAUGGGAUGAUAGACAAAUUGGAUCUCGAAUGUCAUCAAAAGUCUGUAGAGAAUUUUCCAGUGGGAGGUGUAGGAGAGGUGGUGAAUGUAGGUUCUUUCAUCCAGAUAAUUUUAAGGUUAAGGACAAAUAUUCUUUAGAGCACAACCUUGCAGAAAGAUGGAGUGGUGGGCAUGAGAGUGCAGAAGUCUCAAGAUAUGCGAAUAGUGAAACCAUUGAAGUUCGUUGUCGGGGUAAGGUUCCUGAUCUCUAUAAUAUAGAGAGUGAACAUCCCAGGAAUAAUAGUGUCAUUACUUGCAAAGAUUUUGGCAGAGGUAAGUGCCGUUGGGGAGCAUCUUGCAGAUUUUCUCAUUCUGGGUCUUCUAGUCACAUCUAUGAUAGUAGUAUCAGGAAUACAUCCCCUGAUUACAAUUGGAAGCAUGAACCAAGUAAAACUAGUAGACGUCUGUGCAAGUAUUUUGUUGCGGGAAAGUGCUAUAGUGAAAACUGCAAUUUUUCUCAUGAUGGUGCUAUACAAACAGAUGUUGGAAUUAGUUUCUCUAAUAACGUAGGUGGCCACAGAUUGGAUAAUAAAAAGCAUAACUGGGAUGACCUAAGGUGGGAUGAUGCAGAAAUGGACUCUAGCUUCAAUACUGCUCCUAUAGGUGAGAGUGUAGCAAUAUCAAACCAUUCGGAUGCGGUUCAUACUGAUAGAGUUGGUCACAUUGGGGAUCAUGGCUUGGUUAACUCAAAUGAGUUGUGGAACAAAUCAGUGUGGGAUGAUGAUACAGCUAGGACUUCUAAUCUUGAGAAGACUAAUGAGCGGCUUGACACUGCUGCGAGGGAAAACUCUGAUAUUACUGUACCUUUUGGUCAGACAAAUAGUAGAUGGGCUCACAAUUCGGAAAAUGAGAGAGCUAUGUGGAAAAAUACAACUUCGUGCGAGGAGAGAGAUGUUUAUCCUAAAGUUGAAUCUACUCUGAAAAGCUCCAGUAAUGACCAUUACAGUAAUGCUAUAUCUCAAGCUUCACUACUCCCAAGUCUGGGCGGAUGUUUAGUUCAUGGUGAAAGACAGGAGAAAAUGAAAGAUGCUUCUCAGGGGGCUUUUCCCUGCAAUGUUGUUCACCCUUAUAUAAUGUCAAAUCAUCCUCUUGAGUCAUAUCCUUUUCGGGACACUGGCAAGACAAAUAAAUCUGAUGUGUUAAAUGAUGUAAACAUCGAUAGUCAGACUACCUAUCCAGUUUUAUUACCAGAACAAAGAUUCAAUGAAGUUAGUGAGAGGUCUAACCUAGGUUCUGAAUAUUCCUCAUGCUUGGAUGGAGCUGCCCAAGGUGAUUCUAAGCUUCAUGCCAUCCCUUCAAAUGGACAUAGUAUCAUUCCAAAAGAUAGUACGUGCUAUCAGAAUAAAGAAGCUGCCACCAGAUCAGAGGUGCUGGAUUUAAGUCUUUCUGGUGCUACAUUCAGUGUCCCAACAACUGAAAUGCAUGGCUCUCCAGCUCCUCUCACAGAGAAAUUUGAGUAUGAGACGGGAAAAUCUCAGCAACAUGAAGUUGCAUCUCCAUCAGUCAUCUGUUCUGAUUCCAACCCUGGACUGCUUCCCACCUUCAAUGCUGUAUAUUCUAGAGUCGAUCCAGUUAUAAAUGAUUCAGAUAUGUGCCAAGCCCAUGGUGAUGAAUCUCAAUGUUGUAUGCCUGACAACUUUGUAAUACCUGUUAAUGCCUCCAACUUGAGUCAACAUGGAACCAAAGAUUCUUUAAAGCAAAUGAAUCAAUCAUCUUCCUUGAACUCCGAAGCUGGACACAUAAAGCAGUAUAAUGCUUCAAAUGUAGAGUGCACCGGGGAUCAAUGUUUGAAGCAGCAGGAGUCUGGUGCAAAAUCAGAACUGAAUGAAAAUAAAAGACUUGAAGCCAAUGAUUGUGGGGAUGAGCAACAAAAUAAUAACCCUUACAGUGUCGGUGUCACUGGUAAGUGUGAAGAGGUGAAUGGUAAGAAAGAUGAUAAGGUUACACGGUUGUUCAAGAUUGCUCUUAUAGAGUUAGUCAAAGAGAUCCUGAAGCCGAAAUGGAAAGAAGGUCGCAUGAGCCGAGAAGUACACAAGACUAUUGUUAAGAAGGUGGUUGAUAAAGUGAUGGGUAGUAUUCAAGGAGAUCAUUUCCCUAAAAGUCAAGAUAAAAUUGAGCACUAUCUGUCCUGUUCUAAAGCCAAAAUUAACAAACUGGCACAGGCAUAUGUGGAGCGAAGUCUAAAGGAAAACUCUUGACAUUUGAGAUUCAGAACUUUUGUUUUUGUUAUGGAGUGUCAUGUGAAUGUUGAAGAAUUACAGACUUGGAGUUAGGAUAUUUUGAUUUGUUUUUAUGUGUUUGUUGAAGGGUAAGUUGCCUAGCGUUUUUCUUUUUUCUUUUUUCCUUUCAUAGCUAUGUAUUUAUUCUUUUCUUUUCAAGCAAAACGCUAUCGAUUUGAUAAAUCUUAUUCUCAUAAGAUUAUGCUUCGGCUUGAGCAUGACCAAUUGACCAUUGCUUGGGCUUAAACUAACUAUGGAUAUGUUGUUUG